CUUAUAUAAGCGCUUAGUUUGGGCAAGCAGAGCAUCACUGCACCCAACGGCUGCCUACCACAAAAAAGAGACAAGAAGAAGCGGCGGAAGGUUUGUUGCAAAAUGUCAGCCAGUUGGAAGAUGGCGCUGGCCCUCCUCGCGAUGUCUCUGGCGGUGGCAGACGCUCUGCGGAUCAUUGGAGGACCCACUGACGCCGAUCUGAAUGACCCGGAUGUCAAAAAAGCCUUGAAGUUUGCUGUGGAUCAGACCAUCAGUCACAGAAACACUACUUUCCUCAGAAAAAUGACACAUGCAGGCUCGGGCAAGCAACAGCUGGUCGUAGGCAUGAUGUACAUUCUCUCGGCGACCAUGGCCACAACCAACUGUGCAAAGGGCGAGGACGAGACCAAGUGUGAUAUACAUGAAGACCAACGCAUCGCAUUCUACGAGCGAUGCACUUUCCACGUGUGGGAGAAUCCCUGGCACGGUGGAUACGAGGUUCCUGCCGUUCAGUGCGUGGCCUAAGAGCAUCAAGAAGAAGAGGCUGCAUUGCUAUAACUUCAAUCACUGAUGAUAAGAGUCUCUGACUCCAUCAACCUGGGCUAGUGGAUACUGAAUCAACCAUAUUUCUUCACCCAUAUUCUGAAAUCCAUUACAUUUUUUGUACGUUGUUUGUUAUUCAUUAUGCAAAAUUUUGAAAAAAAAGUUGAGUACAAGCUUUGCAAUAAAUCAUUAUAUUGGAACUAGUAUAAUAAAUGACUGUUAAAACAC